ACGAUCUCUCGCUCACGCCGCUGCGGAGACAGAAGUAUCUGUUCGACGUGUCCACGCUCUCGGACAAAGAGGAGCUGGUGGGCGCGGAGCUGCGGCUCUUCCGCCGGCCGCCCACCUCCGUCCCGUCCCCGGGGGGCGGGCCGUCCGCGCCGGCCCACGUGCAGCUGCGGCCGUGCCAGUCGCCGCGGCUGCUGGACGCGCGGACCCUGCACCCGCAGAGGGCGCCCCGGGCCGGCUGGGAAGUCUUCGACGUGGGCCAGGGCCUGCGCCCGGGGCCGCGGCGGCUGUGCCUGGAGCUGCGCGUCGUCGGGGGCCCCGAGGAGGCGGCGGUGCCCAGCCCGGACCUGCGGAGUCUGGGCUUCGGCCGGCGCGUCCGGGCCCCGCAGGAGCGCGCGCUGCUCGUGGCCUUCACGCGCUCCCCGCGCAGGAACCUCUUCGCCGAGAUGCGCGAGCAGCCGGGCCAGCGGGAGGAGCAGGGGGCGCGGCGGGCGGCGGCGGCGAAGGCGCGCGCGCGCGUCCCGGGCUGGUGGUCCCCGGGCGCGGCGGGGCGGCGGCGAAGGCGCACGGCCCUGGCCAGCCGCCACGGCAAGCGGCACGGCAAGAAGGCGCGUGUGCGCUGCAGCCGGAGGCCCCUGCACGUGAACUUCAAGGAGCUGGGCUGGGACGACUGGAUCAUCGCGCCCCUCGAGUACGAGGCCUUCCACUGCGAGGGCGUGUGCGACUUCCCGCUGCGCUCGCACCUGGAGCCCACCAACCACGCCAUCAUCCAGACGCUCAUGAACUCCAUGGACCCCGGCGCCACCCCGCCCAGCUGCUGCGUGCCCACCAAGCUCACGCCCAUCAGCAUCCUGUACAUCGACGCGGGCAACAACGUGGUCUACAAGCAGUACGAGGAUAUGGUGGUGGAGUCGUGCGGCUGCAGGUAG